ACAACCCUCCUAGAGGCGGGACGGUUUCCUGCCAAUCACUGCUGGUUUGCCCUCCCCCUGGCGUUGGCCCGGCUGACUCGGGGUGGGGGAGGUCGGGGAGGGGGCGAUAAAAUGGCGCAGGGGGCGGAGUGAGGCGCAGUCGUUCGCCCAGGCUUUGGCCCGGCUUCCGGAGGAAGGUGGGAGUCAAUCAUUUUGACAAGUCUCCUGAAAGGAACAGCUAGCAGGAACUGAAACCUUUUUCCAUUUGGUCUCGUGGCAAAGGCAGAGACUGCUCCAGCAGCUCCACACAAAAUGAUGUGCUCACGGGUGCCCUCUGAACAGUCUUCUGGUACCGCUGUCUUGCCUAAAGACAGUGCCCCAUUUUCUUGGAGUUCCUUGGAUGAGGAUGGAUUGGAUGACUCCUUGCUGGAGCUGUCAGAGGGAGAAGAAGAUGAUGGUGAUGUAAAUUACACAGAGGAAGAGAUCGAUGCACUGUUGAAGGAAGAUGACCCAUCAUGUGAGCAGUCUUCUGGGGAAGAUGACGGUGGGCAUGUUGAGAAGGGAGAAAGAGGGAGUCAAAUUCUACUUGAUAUCCCCCAAGAGAAAAAUUCAUCCUACAGCUUGGGACCAGUAGCUGAGACUCCUGACCUCUUCAAACUACCUCAGCUAAGUACAUCAAGUGGUCAUGGACCAACUCCUACUAAACCAUUAAACAGACGCUCUGUACUAGAAAAGAAUCUUAUAAAAGUAACUGUUGCACCAUUUAAUCCAACAGUUUGUGAUUCUUUGCUUGAUAAGGACGAGACUGAUUCAUCCAAAGAUACUGAAAAACUCUCUUCCCUUGGAGAAGAGAUGAGAGAAGAUGGUCUUAGCCCAAGUGAAAGCAAACUUUGUACUGAAUCUGAAGGGGUCAGCCCCAAUAACUCUGCCUGGGAUGGGCCCCAGCUCUGUUCUUCAAACAAUAACUUUGAACAAGCUGUCUCUGAUAAAAAUAUGCCUGACAGUGAGAACCCUACAUCUGUAUUCUCUCGGAUCUCAGACCAUUCAGAGACUCCUUCUAAUAUGGAGUCAUCCUGCAGAAGUGGUGGUUCACACAAGUCAAGUUGUGAGAUGAGAUCUCCAGUUGUUUCCAGCUCAUCGAACAAACAGGAUAUUCUUAACAAGGAUUUUGGGAAGAUGAAAGGCCAUGAGAGAAGACUAGGCAAAGUCAUUCCUGUUCUACAAACCAAGACCAGGACUAAUGUUCCGACGUUUUCACAAUCAAAUCUAGAACAGCAGAAGCAGCUUUAUCUCAGGAGUGUCAUUGCUCAUAUAGAAGACCCAGAGGACACUAACCAAGGUAUCUCCGGGGAGCUUUGUGCCUUGAUGGAUCAAGUUCAUCAUAUGCAGCACUCAAAAUGGCAGCAUCCUUCGGACCUCACCACGCGAAACUACGCCCGUCGACAGAAACAUCUGCAAAGAUACAGUCUGACUCAGUGGGUUGACAGGAACAUGCGAAGCCACCAUCGGUUCCAGCGUCUCCCAGACUUCUCGUACAGUUAAUUUGUCUCAUGCCAUCAGCAACGAAGGUCCCUAUCCAGGGUCCUACUUGGAGCAGCAUUUCAUGUUCUUUUGCUGUUUUGUGCUUUGCCGAUUUUGAAUUUUAUUUUUCACAGAUUUUUAUUUAAAAAACUCGUCACCUUUUGGAAAUGCCCA